CCGGCACUGCCCACUGAGCGCCCCCCCUACUAUAUCAGACCGUGUCAUCUCAAGUGAGGACACAUUGCUCCGGUCAACACUUGCUAUGGUGAGACGGAUCCACUGAAGGCAUGUCCAGCCUGGGUGAAGAAUGGUUUCAGUCACACAGAGGAGCGGAGGCUGUGUGAUGCUGCUUCUGUCUCUCACCCCAUCAAUCUUCCCCCCUCUGCCCAUCUCCAUCCUCCCUGCUCUCACCCUCUCCGCCUGGCCUGCUCUGUCAUUAUCUGCAACACCCACAGCCUUCCCGCCUCCUGUUGGCAACACCAGCAUAUCAACCAUUUCUAACGCCCUCACCACUCCUGCAAUCCUGAAAGCAUCCACCUCCACCAUCAGCCCAACGUCUAUCCACGUUUUUGACCAAGUCUCCCCCAGAAAAAGCCCAAUUUCUUUAGAUAAUUUGCUUGGUAAAAAAGCACCUCUUCACAAAAACACACCAUGCAAUUCGUCCAAAAUGACUCAUGUGUGUUCUGUCAAACUACCCCUUCACACGGCUGAACUAUUCCCUCUCUCAAACUCUUCACAUCCAACCAGUUCCCCAUCUUCUCCUCCACCUCAAAGUUCUUCGACCCAACUUUCUUCUUCAGCAUCACUCCUCGUAAGCGCUCAAACAUCACCGCCUCCUCUUUCCAAAACUUCACCCAAAACGCUCACAUCUCAGCACACAGCAUCCUCUCGCCGGACCAAACCACUCCUGCCCCUCCCCCUCCCCCACACCACAGUGCCGUUGUUCAAGCACCAGCCUUUCAUUGUGAGUUGGAACAUUCCUGAUCUGGUGUGUAACAGGUACAACGUCUCACUGGACACCUCGCCCUUUAAAGGAGUGGCAACACCUGCUAAGGUCCCGGGUCAGUUCCUCUCUCUGUUCUACACUGACCGGCUGGGUCUUUACCCACAUAUAGACCCCCGCAGCAGGAAACAGCUGAAUGGUGGCAUCCCACAGAGAGGGGACCUGAGGGCCAAUAUGCACAAGGCCAGAGCCGACAUCAACUACUACAUCCCAUCCAAGACGAACCGAGGCCUGGCUGUGAUCGACUGGGAGGAAUGGCGCCCCCUGUGGGAUAGGAACUGGGGCCCCAAGAGAAUCUACCAGACUCUAUCUGUGGCUCACCUCCUGCAAACCGAGCGCUCCCUCACCCUGCAGCAGGCCACAGAACGAGCCAAGACUCAGUUCCAGGUGGCAGCUAAGAGUCUCAUGUCCGGGAUGUUGGCGAUGGGCCGAGCCAUGAGGCCUAACUACCUGUGGGGCUUCUACCUGUUCCCUCACUGCUACAACUACGGCUGGGAGGAGCCCUCCUACAGCGGCCACUGCUCCAGGGAGGUGAGGAGGCAGAACGACGAGCUGCUCUGGCUGUGGGAGUCCAGCACUGCGCUCUACCCCUCCAUCUACCUGCAGGUGUCUCUGGCUGACAAUCCCAGAGCCGCCCUGAUGGUGAGGAACCGCGUCCAGGAAGCGCUGAGAGUGUCUGCCCUACCUCGACAGGGAGGCACUGCGCCCGUGUUUGCUUACAUGAGACCUGUCUUUGUGGACGAGAACAAACGCUUCCUCAGCCAGGGAGACUUGGUCAGCACAAUUGGGGAGAGUGCAGCAGUAGGGGUGUCCGGUGCCGUGCUGUGGGGGGCAAGCGCUGACUAUGAUGACCAGACAUCUUGUUCGGCCCUCUCGUCCUACCUCACCUCCACCCUCAACCCUUACAUCACCAAUGUGACCGUAGCCGCCCAGCUCUGCAGCAACUUCCUGUGUCGAGGGAAUGGCCGCUGUCUCCGAAAGAAGUACAACUCCGAUCACUACCUCCAUCUAAACCCCGAGAAUUUCCGGAUCUUGCAUGUUCAGAAGCGCUUCCUUGUCCUGGGGAGACCUUCCCUCUCAGAUCUGAAGGCUUUCCGCCAGGGGUUUAGCUGUCAGUGCUACACAGGACUGAGCUGCUCUCCCAGGACUAACAGAGAGCUAGCCAAGGCCCUGAAAUUUAGUGUGAAGCAAGGACUUUACCAGAAAUUUCACACUCUGAAUAAAGCUAUGUUGGAGGAUACAAAACAAACCAGUUUUACUGAGGACAAUAGUAAAAAUUAUUUGACAGUUUAGCAUGUUGUUGUUGCUUUGACACUUCUAAACCAAACAUCAGAGCUGGUUUUGUCAUUAUCCAGGGCUGGUCAUCUGUUAUUUAAAGUACUUACCUCAUCUUGCCUGCAUACUACGACCACUGACAGAAUGUUACACGUGCCAUAGUCUUCAAUGCCAAAUCUCAAAUGUACAAACUAUGUAGUAUAAAGGUCUGCUAGGUAUUUGCAUUUGAUUUGACUGUAUAUGUAAAUAAUUAAAAGAGGCAGGGAGGCAUAGGAGUGGUCGGCUCUGCGAUAGACUCUCAAUACACAGAAUAUAAGAUAAUGUUCAUUUGUAAAGGCUGUAGUUAACAAAAAGAUGAUUUUGCUCACUCCUUGCACAAGUAUUUUCACUUGUAUUACCUGAUUAGAGCUGCUCUCUUAUACAGAAAAGGUGUAAUUAAGAUAAUAAGCAGCUUUGUUACACCCAACUUCAACCUGUGAAGAGGUCUAGUCAGAAAGUGAUUACCUAUGUGUACACAGCCUUUAAAGCAACGCUAAUGGAUGUUUAGGCCACUAGAGAAGAACUCAACAAGAACCUAGCUACAGUUUAGCAUCCUGGCAGGCUGUUUUGGCUGCUGUUGUUAGCAAACAGCUACCUACUUUCAGAUGCUGCUAAUGUGGGGCAACAUUCAGUUGGAAACAUGUAUAUCGCUACUGGGUGAAUAUAAGUAGUAAAUUAAUCUUAUUUUACUAUUUUUUAAGUCUCAAACUCAUGAGGGAAAUAAAUAACUAGUGCAUUAGCUUGUUUUUGACCAGCUAAUAGCUAAGCUAGCUUUGUUUUGUCUUUGGUCCGGUGGUUUAGUUUAUCAUGGCUUUUUAAAAAAUGAAAUACCUGUGAUUUGCUAUUAAAGACAGGGCUAUGAGUACACACAUUCACACAUGUGCUUUAAAGGCCAAACAUAGAACAUAUUGAAGCUAUAAAAAAAGGCAGCAGGGAAUUAUUAGCCAAGUUUCUGUGUGUUUAUCCCUAAGGAGGCCUCUAUUACAUCCCAUGUAUUAGCCAUAUUAGCAUGCUUUUUUCAGAUGCUUUAUUAAUGAUGUGGAUAAUAGUGAUGCUGCUAAAUUAAAAUAAGCAUGUGUUUUAACCCUUUUACACAGCAGUCCUGUACUUCUGAUAGAGAACGCUAAUGAGUGUUUUUGGAGGAGUUUGUAUAUUCCCACUGAGCGGUUGUCAGCAGAUACUGUACGUCAUCGGUGUGUUGGCGGUGUCCUCUGGGAGUCUGGGUUCACUUGUUUGCUUGUGAUAAGGAUAAUCUGCCAGGUUGUUUUGAGAAGGAGAAGACAGGUUGAUACAUAAAGGGUAAUGCAGCCUCAUUUUAA